CGCAGGUCCACAACGAUAUUGAUAUGGCCACGAAACUAAGCUAUGUGCAAGGCUUGGGCUCGAAAAGUGCUGAUAUGAGCGAGGGUGGCGUGGCAAAACCGAAAGGUGCUGAGAAGGACGAGAAUGGCGUAGGGUCGCCUCAGAAAAUCGCCUUGGUACCGUUCGUAGCGAACCCAGUACACCAAUACGACGGCGACGGCAAUGCUUCUUGCGCCAGGGAACGCUCUUUCCAGGACGACUUUCAGCUUGCAGUCCAGCAGACCCUCGCCGACCAUGCCAAAGAAGUUGAAGACCAAGGCGAUAGCCAGGGUCAGCCGCGAGUUACGGGUGCAGAGGAGGGCAAUGGCGAUCUUGAAAACGGGGCCAAGAAGGAGGAAGCAACCGGCAGCGGAGGCACUCACGAAUCUACAUUUGUAGCUGAACACCCGUUGCAGAGCGCCGUCACGUCGUUUGACAUGGCGUUGGGAGAGCUCAACCAGCUAGUCCAUCUUGUCGAUCUGGCCCGGGCGGGCGAAUUCAUGGCACUGGAGAGGGUGACACCAAGUGACGAGGACCAAGCCAGGGCAAUGUCAGACCAAUCGGCGAGACCUGGAGACGGUGUGCCGUCGGAAGCUCUCCCAUCGUUGCUGACCAUGAAGAGGAGCCAGUUGAAAGGGGCGGCCGAGCAGCUUCGCGAACGAGCCAAGCGACUGCGAGAAACGACUAAAGUGCAACUGAUAUUUCAGCAAGGCGUGGUGCAUCUGCGGAAGAGUUGGAGAAUAGUGGCCCCGAACCAUGGCAAGGUCAACGUGCCGCUUCAAGUGGGCGAACCGCUGUCAGUCGACUGCAGUUUCGGAAGUGCCGGUGGCAAGUCUGUGCCGUUCACCGCGGCUGCGGGUACUCGACACAGGCAUCCGUGGCUGUUCCAACUGACGUGCGGUGAGGGCGGGCGGCUGGAGGCGCAACCCUCGAAUACGCAGGGUCUCAAGGCAUUUGAAGUCCAGCUCGUAUCGGUUCAAACCGGCAUGUGCGAACAUUCCCUUAGAGCUAGCUUUCCUGCACGGAGCGAUCGAUGCAGAAGGACGGACGCGGCAGAGGGAGACUGUGGAAAACCACCACCCGCAAGCAAUGGAGGAGCGGAGCUUAAGUUGGAGAAAGGCAGCGAAGUUCUGAUGGACGACCUUGGGCAACACAUAUCUCGCCUACAGCAUAGCGUCUUUUGGGAGGAGGUGUUCGAAACUCUCAAGGCAGAGGCUUUGGUUGACGGGAAGGAUGGAUGGCUGGUUCAUCAAGAUGCGAGAUGCGGCUCGGAUGUUGUCGGACCUCGUACUGGCACGUCGGCGAUGGCGCCUGAAGUGGUCGGAAGGAUAGAAUCAGGAGAAAAACGGAGAUUAGUAGGCUUGAGCCCACGAGGGAUGACGACUUCCACUCGGAACGCUAGGGCUCGGGUGGCGCACGUGUUGGAUGACGAAGUAAUGGUGGAAAUGGACAGCCACUCUCUCUUGGGGUCCUGUGAGCCGGGAAGUAGGAGCAUGGAUUUCUGCCGAAUCUGGAGGGAGCACAACGGGAGGUGCCACGGCGGGGGGGCAAUUGACGGCCGCGAGUACGUGGAAGUCGGUGGGACGUGUGUUGCUACACCACCUUUUUCGCUCGGAGGGACUGGCGAAUGUGAGUCGCUCUGUGCAAAAGAUCGGUCUUCCGUUGGCCGUGCGAUGGACGCACUUGGAGGAGACCUACCGCACUAGUGCUCUUACUUUGACCGUGGGGCACUGCUUCCAUUUUAGGGCGUCCUUGGACGAUGGAUGCGGGAUCGUUGUGAGUGCCCU